AUCCCUUUCCUCUUCUUCUUCGACCGGGUCGUCUUCCCCCAUUCCUCAUCCCCGGUCGAUUCCAAAUCCCAACAUCCCUGAACCGCAGCCGGUAAAUCAGAUGCCCGGUCAGGUUUUUCAGGAGAGGGAUGCACCGGUGGAAGAUGAACCGGCUCCCUAUGACCCUGAAAAUGAGUCGUACGAGAAUUGGGAGGACCGGCUGGAAGCGGCCGGUUAUUCUCCUCUCCCUACCAGUUACCCCUCAGACAUUCCUCCCCGGGUUUCUAAGAUUGCACAAAAUAAAGCCCGUAGGAAUCUCCCGGCGGGUUAUGUUCUUGAGUAUGACACCAACUGGCUCAAUAUCAUCGAGCCCCACCGGGACGACAGGGUAGGUUUUCACAUCGUUUCUCUGGAGAGUGGCACCGUCUUCCCCCUCCGUCCUCUCUUGGUCGAGUUAUGUCGUUGUUUUAAGAUCCUUCCCGGGCAGAUUACACCCAAUGCGCAUCGUUUCCUUAAUGCCUUCGUGAAUAUCUGUGUUGAGCUUAAGAUCGACCCCUCUCUCCGUCUGUUUCUCUUUUUGUUUGAAGUCCUUCCCGGUAAAUCGGGUUGCGACAGCUACGUCUACUUCAGAGGCCGCAACGGUCGCCAAUUUAUUUCUGAUCUUCCACAAAGCAACCGGCAGUGGAAGGAAAAAUUUGUUUUCAUAAAAUUUCCCGAUGUCUCCCCCCUGGCCGGGAUAAGGUGGAACGACCAUAUUCUGAAGUCACAGUAUACCGAGCCGGCCACAGCUCCUGACUUGGAGGAGAGUUUAGAGAAGCUUCUCCAGGGGGACCCCUUCACCGGGCAGAUGUUCCACUAUGGGGCCUGGAUCUGGAGGAUCCAACCGGGUGGCCAAGGUACCCCUCAGGCCCAGGAGGCAGCGGGGCACGGGGUACCCUCCCCGGGCAACACUGCCGAGGCCGGGGGCCCAAGCCACCCAGAUAUGAAUUUCAGGGCGUACAACAUGCCGAAGACAACCGGUGGCUCCUCCUCCGCUGCCGCCACAAACAAGCCGGUGCAACCGGAAACGGUUGUGAUCAAUGAUGAGGAAGACCCUCAGACCGGGGGGAUGGGCCAGACAGGGAACGCACCGGUGAAUCCCUCCCCCAACAAGGGGAAGGGGAAGAUGAGGACGAAGAAAACUGCAACCACUCACCCGGCCGCGAAGAGGAAAAGGGGAGAAAGCUCCCCGGUUGGUGAAUCGAUGGAGGAGUUGUGGGUCAAGAUGACCCUCAAGCUGAAAGAGAUGGGUGAGGUCGGCCCAGAUACUCUGGAACAACUCGCCGGCGAUCCCUCCUCCCGAUUAAGCCAACUCGAGGAGCAGCUGAAAAGAUCCGAGGCUCACAACCGGGAGCUCCAAGAUCUGACGGGCCGUCAAUUGGAUGAGGUGGCCAAUCUUGCGAGGAUGGCCGGGGAGGCAGAAGCCGUGGUCAUCCGGCUGAAGGAGGAGAACCUCAAGCUGAUGGAAGAUUUGGAGCUGAAGGAAAGGGAGUUCCCCGGCAGGGCCAGGCGAUGGGUGGGAGAGAACUUGGAGGAGACGGCCCGGGUGAUCACUUCUACUCCGGAAAUGACGAUGGCGGCCUUCAAGUUUCUCUACCAGGAGGAGCAAGGGAAAGAGAUGAUCACACAGAUCGGCUCAUAUGGUUUCAUGUCCGGGUAGAAACGAGACCGGGAGGCUACACAUGCAGUCCUGGCUGAACGGUUUCCGG